GUUUCUUAAAACGUAUAAUGUAAAAUAAAAAUAUGUGUAAAGUAGGGGUAGCACACGAAAAACAGAAAUGCUCCACACGUUCUUUCUUGACCGUACGGUAGCGCCGUCUUUGAGGGCAUGAACCGGUCGUACGUGUUUGUUUCGGGGCGACCGUAUGAGUCUUACCGGACGAAUACUCGCAGGCCACGUCGGAACGGUGAAGCAUAGCUUUUUGAUAUGCAGUAAUAAUGAGUCGUUGUUUUGGAGAACAUUAUGACUUUUCUGCCAAUGGAACAUACCAUUUCAAAAUUCUGGUCCCUUCGGUGGCAGCAGGGGCCAUCAUUGGGAAAGGUGGAGAAACAAUCGCUCAAUUACAGAAGGAAUCAGGUGCACGUAUUAAGAUGUCAAAGGCUAACGACUUUUAUCCAGGUACAACAGAAAGGGUAUGUCUUAUUACUGGAAGUCUAGAAGGCAUUACUAGGAUACAUGAAUUUAUAACAGAAAAAGUUAGAGAAAAACCAGAUCCUAAUGCAAAAAUGGCCAUUGAUUUUGACCACAAACAACCAGCUGAGCGAGAGAAACAGGUCAAAAUAUUAGUUCCUAACAGCACUGCAGGAAUGAUUAUUGGUAAAGGUGGAAGCUAUAUCAAACAAAUAAAGGAAGAAAGUGGUGCUUAUGUUCAGAUAUCUCAAAAAUCUCGUGAUCAUGCCUUAGCUGAGAGGUGCAUAACUGUGAUAGGAGAGAUGGAGAACAACAAGACAGCUUGUAAGUUAAUACUAGCCAAAAUUGCAGAAGAUCCUCAAAGUGGCAGUUGUCUUAAUGUUAGUUAUGCAGAAGUUUCUGGUCCAGUAGCCAAUUUUAAUCCUACAGGUUCACCAUAUGCUUCCUCAAAUGGUGGCCAGGGAAAUGGAUUUAAUAACAGUAACACAAGUUAUAGCUCUAAUGGAAGUCUGAGUAGUCUGAGUCCAACAAUAAACAAUAAUUUUGGAAGUCCUCAGGGAACAGCAACUCCUGCAAGUAUGAUGCCAUUUUCAACAGGCUUGAGCAUAGGGACACAUGACAUUUCUCAUGGCAAUGCUUCUCAGAUAAUUGAAAACAUCAAAUCCAUGUUACGAGGAAACGGAUACUCAGAACAAGCUACAACUGAGAUUACAGCUGCAAUGAACACUCUUGCAAAUUAUGGAGUACUAGGAUUGGGUUUAGGUCAGAUGUUAAAUAACAUGAAUGGUGCUACAAUAAUGAGUGGUCUAGGGAUGGGAUUGGGUUCCUCUGGUCCAAAUACUUGUCCUAUCCCUCCUGGAGGUAUAUCCAACCAAAGUAGUAUGUUUACAUCUUGUACAGGUGUACCAGGAAUAGAUAUCUCUUGUAGCUCAAUAGCCACUUCAGGUCCAGCAAGUGGAAGUUCAAGUAUGUUUGGACCACUAAGUGGAAACAUGAGUACAGGUAUGUCAAGUCUUGGCAUAGUACCUGGAUUUUCAUCUCCUACAGUUAAUAGAUCCAGUGAAAGAUUUCAAUUUCAAGGUGAUGGUCCUGCUGUUUUUGAUCCAUUUCGACGUAGUUCUCCUUCCUUGGGAUCACCUCAUGCUCCUAGCCUGCCAGUUAACAACAACUCAUUUGGACUUGGAACAUGUUUUAAUUCUGGUCCUGCUUCAGUGCACAAAAGCCCAUCUCCAAGUGAUCAUCAGGGUGAAACAGCCAAAAUAGAAGUUGAAGUUGGUGAGAAUAUUGUGGGUGCCAUUUUAGGUCCAGGAGGAAAGUCACUUCUGGAAAUCCAGCGACUAAGUGGAGCAAAUAUCCAGAUAUCCAAAAAAGGUAUAUUUGCACCUGGAACACGUAAUCGUAUUGUAACAAUAACUGGCCCUUCAACUGCUGUCAGCACUGCCCAUUAUCUCAUUGAACAACAAAUCACUGGAGAAGAAGCCAAGAGAGCUCGUCAAAACUCUUUCGUAGCCAUACAUUAAUGAUACUGUCAUGUUAUAGUUUUAUCAGGUUUCAUUUUAUCAUAAACCCUAUCAGUUUUCUUCCACAUCAAUGUUUUAGUUCUGCAGGGUUGUUGUGCAGUUGAUGUUGUCAUAAUUGCUUGCUUUGCAUUGUUUGACAUAAGUGGCAUAUUAACUAAUUGAAUCCUUGAGUUUGUAAUGUAAUAUAUAUAGAUGUUCUGUCUAUAUUCACAACAUGCUUACUCUUGGAAUUUUUUGUAGCAUUAUUCCUUUGGAUUGGUCCAGGAAAAUGGAUCAUUCAUCCACCACUUGGUAACUUGCCAGUUAGUCAGUGAACCUAUUUAAAAAUCUAAAUUGUGGGCAGAACUAGUGUCCUUGUAGUAUUGUAAAAGACUUAUAUAGGAAACAAUUUUCAAAUGACAACUAAUCUCCAAAUUUCUCAGUUCCUUUUGUCAUUUGAUAGUUUGUUUCAUAUUUCUUGUUUAAAAUGUCAUAUUUACAUAAAUAGAUUGUUUCUGAAUGAUUCUCACACAUUUUACUUUCAUGGAUUUAUAUUAGCUUUCAUUUUGUGCUAUGUUUUCAAAUAUUAAGUAAAUUUUGAUGUUAUUAUUCAUUGAAUUUAGUCACUUGUUACACUACAGUUACAGCAAGUCACUUGCCAUGUUGUAGUAUUUUCCAUAUAAUGUGUUUUUCAUUCAUUCAGAACCUGAUGGUUACUCACUGUUAAUCAAAUACAAUGAAACUUGAGCUCUUUGUUUCAAAUAUUUGUCUUUAUUUUUCUUGAAAUUUAAUAAUAAUUCCAUUUUCAUGUGAAAAUGUCCCCUGAAUGGAAAUUUUUGGUAUCAUGAGACUGUAAUCUUUAAUAUAUUGAUGGCUUACUGUGUGGAUUGAGAGAAUGGCAAACCUUUUGACAUGAAAUUAGUCUGAACCUAGCAAGUGUACUUUUCACAAAUUAAAAAUGUCAUUAUAACUAGAGUAUUUAUAUGAAGGUCAUAAUAACAUUCAUGCCACAAUAUACUGUAUGUAAAUUUCAGCAUUCAUUAGGAGCAAUUUACAAUUCAUAAUUACACAAGGACUUAACUGUAGGCCUUGUACUUGUAAAAAAUGAAUGAGCUUUGAAAAAAAUUUGAUAGUGAAUAACCAAGCUUUCAUUAUCUUAUAAGGAGAGAAAUUUUAAGAUUAACCAAAAAAUAAAUACUUUGAUAAAAGAAGUUAUCAAUAUACAAUAAUGUAAAACUGUUUAUUUAUCUUACAACAUUUGUCAAAAUCCUGAAGUAAAUGUGAGCAAUUUCAAAAGUAUUCAUUACAACCUAUGCCAUUACAUUGAAAGCAACUUCAUAUUUUCAGUUGCCAGUGAUUAAUUUGUCAGCAUAUUUACUGCUAUCUCAUUACCAUACUGCAUUUGCCUCAGGUAUGUAUUGAAUAAUGGUGUACUUCCUCAGAAAUGUUCAGAUGACAUUAGUUAAUUAAUUAACCACUCUAGGGCAUAACAAUACAAUCUUUGAAAUAGUGCUAAAACAGUUAUUCUUAACUGAAAAAAGUGUUUUCAAUAAAUGUGUAUAUAUUUCUAUAUAAAUAGUCAUGGAUCUAUAAAUACUGAUUACUUUGCAUACACUAUUUCUGCCAAACAACUUAAAAUUUUACAUGAAUGUUGUGUAUUGAUUGAUUUAACUGAUUCUUUUUUCAUUGAUUUUUUUUUCUGUAUUUAGCUUGUAGUUCCAAAACUGAGCUUUUUGUAUACUUAACCUCAUUGUACAAGAUGUCUGCAUCCUGGAAAUUGCAAUAAAUAGUUCCUGCAA